AUGGGCUCAGCAGGACAGCCGGUCAGAGUGGCCAUUGUCGGAGGAGGAAUUGCGGGUCUGGCGGUGGCAGCUGGACUGUCGAAGCAGUCGAACAUUGACUGGUAUGUCUACGAAUCUGUUCCAGAGCACAAAGAUGUAGGAGCCGGUCUAGCACUACACAUGAAUGCGAUCAAGGCGAUGGGCCUGAUCGGCGACGAGGUCAAGCAAACAUACUUCGAUCGAGCUGUCACCAUCGGCGAAGAGGAUGAAGAGAUAGUGACCGAGGUGAUUCUGGCGCAUGGUCCGCAUACAGGAGAGUGUGUCGCAGAGCUGGGCAGAGCCAAGGGCAGAAAGACCAUUGCAAGAGCCGAGCUACUGAGAGGUUUGAUGGAGCUUAUACCGAAAGAGAGGGUCAAGUUUGGGAAGCGGGUCAAGAGCAUAGAAGAGCACGAUAAUACUGUCACGGUAGAGUUUGAGGAUGGAGAGAAAGUCCAAGUAGAUUGCUUGAUAGGUGCCGAUGGGAUGCGAAGCCUUACACGGUCAUACAUCUUGGGGCCUGAUCAUCCUGCAACUGCCCCAAAGAACCACGAAGGCUGGCACAUCUACCGACGAAUGAUGCCAAUGGAGAAAGCUGUUGCCAGAGGCAUAGACCCGAAGUGGACGAAGUACGUGCCCAUCUUUCUUGGUCCAAAAGGACAUGUGAACUCCAUCACUCUCGACAAAGGCAAGAGAAUCAAUAUCGGCGUCGCCAUUCGUGGCGCGAAGUUCAGCAAAACUGGCGAGGCUCCUCCGCUGAACCCGGAAGACUACGGUGAUUACAGCGACGAAGCUAAGCUCUUUGUGAGCAUGGUCGCAGAGGAUGUGAAUAUGCAAUGGACAGCUGCCGACCACGACCAUGCGCCGAUAUACUACCGAGGAAACGUGUGCAUGAUUGGCGACGCCGCUCAUACGAUGUACGGGUUCGCUGGCAAUGGUGCUGCUCAGGCUCUCGAGGACUGCGCUGUUCUCACUCACCUCUUCUCAAGAGUCACCAACUCCACCCAGAUCGAGGCGGUCUUCAAGGCUUAUGAUGGUGCGAGAAGACCUCGAUCCCAAGCUGUGGUGGAUCAGACUAGGAAAUUUGGUAGAGUCUACGCAUAUGCUGAGCCUGAAUUGAAAGACAAUGUUGAGGGUAUGCGCGACUUCUUCAAGCGUGGCGCAGCCUUCACCAAUGAUGUGGACUUGGAGAAGCAGAAUGAGGAUGCAAUGAGGCUUUAUGAGAGCUACAUCUGA